GCAGCCGCACCGUCCUCUAACUUUCGUAUGUCGCCACUUCCUGGUGCCCCGGCGUCAGUUACCAAGCAAAGCGUUCAAAGUGCCCAGACCAACAGCAGUGAAGAGAGUGAAGAUGAUGAGGACGACGAAGAUGACGAUGAAGAUGAUGAUGACGACGACGAUGAGGAUGACGAUGAGGAUGAUGAUGAUGAUGAGGACGAUUAUGACGAUACCGAGGAAUCAUAG